AGGCAAGCAAGAAAAAGCAGCACAUUUGAACGAUGGAUCAACAAGAGAAGAGCGACCUGAACAGUAAGGGCUGCAAUCACUAAACCAGCAGUCUGAUCCCUGAGGGAACCAUGUGGAGUAGCAAGCAUUAGGUAACAGUGUUGCUUGCAGAUGUUUCUCCUCCUCAUCCAUGCUUUACAGAGCUACUGUACCUGCCAGAAAGAAACAAUUUUUGCCCGGCCACUGUAUUCUGGACUCAAGUGCGCCUUCAUCUUCCCUGAGUUGUCUUGCGACAAAUAUGGCAGGAAGGACGUCAUGUACCAGCACUGGAGAUGCCAACCUCAUGCAUGCGACCUUCCUAGGUAUGAUUAUAACAGAUUUCCCUAGUCCAGUUGGGAGUAUUUUUUUAGCUCAGUUUUGAUCUUGUCAUUGUCAAGGCAACAGUUAAAUAAAAAUUGAAGGUGCAGUACUACAACAACAGGAUGUGCCAAAAUCAGAGAGUUACAAUUUUUUUAAAAAAAAUAAAUAUUUUCAUUUACAGAAGGAAGCAGGGAAACAUCUGCUUAAUCUGUAACUGUAACAGAAAACAGAGAAACAACUGUUACUGUUAAAAUAGGAAAAUUGAUCUGAUUGUGGCGGUUAGAUAAUUAAUUAACAGUGAAAGACCAGUGGAGAGGAAAAAUCCCACCUACUUAUUUUUAUCAUAUCCAUUUCAUAGGCCUAGAAGGCUAGAAAGGAGAUCAUAUCUUGCAUAAAAUUCAGUCAUUGACAAAAGCUUAGGAUGCAUGGUGUAUAUGAAAUGAUGCCUGGAUUUUCUCCAUGUCAACAGAUUCAAUGCCACUAGGCUGCUUGAAAAGCUGAGAAACAAGAGAUCGGUGUUUGUGCAUGUCAACAGAUUCAAUGCCACUCAACAGGAACCAAUGGGUUUCCCUGGUGUGUAUGGUGAAGGCCUCUAUACCUGAUGACAGGCUCAAGAUGCGUGUCUUCAAUGGCUCACUCAUCUCCUUCAAGGCAUUUGAAUACAAUGCAACAAUAGAAUUCUACUGGUCACCGCUGCUGGUGGAGUCCAACAGCGAUGACCCCAUUAUCCACCGGGUGGAGUAUCAGAUCAUAAGGGCAGACAGAAUUGAGAAGCAUGCCAAUGCCUGGAGGGAUGCUGACAUCAUUAUCUUCAAGUCUUACGUGUGGUGGAGGAAGCAUAAGCCUGGCAUGAGGAUGAAGGUCAUGUAUGGCUCAUUUGAGGAAGGUGAUGCAAGGUUAGAGGAAGUGGGGAUGGUGGAUGGUUUUCGCAGGAUCAUCGCCUACAUGUACAUUCCUGGGCUAGCAACUGGGGUACCUCGUGUACAGAUGACAUACUCCCUCCGUUCCAAAUUACGGUUCAGAUAACUUUGGCUUGAGAUAAAAUUCAUUCAGAGGCCAGGCAGGCAGUCAAGCAGUCAGCACAUGUCAGCAGUGGAAUGAACGGGAAUGGGAACCUGAGCAAUAAGGAUUGGGUCGUCGCCGCCUCGCCGCGGGCGGCAAGGCAGCAGCAUACGACACCGCGGAGGCAGGCAGGCAGAGGCAGGGUCGAUCCCGACCCUCGAAGCCUCGACGCCAU